UGGGAUGUUGCUGCGUGUUUCCGGUUGUUAGGUUCCGCUCGACAAUGGCGGCGAUGCUGAAGGGGCUGCGUUUGUGUAGUUCAGGAAACUUAUCACUGUAUGGCAUUAAAAGUUUACAGUAUAAAUCAACAAGAAUAUUUUGCCAGGUGCCAUGCAAAUCAUCAUGCCAAGGGAGACUGUUCUCAAAUAAGAACAUGGUAGUGGAACUUGACAGCAACACAGGAGUUGCAGUGAUUCAGAUGAAGAAACCUCCUGUUAACAGUCUAAGCCUGGAAUUCCUCACAGAAUUUGCCAUUAAUAUGGAGAAACUUGAGAUGGAUAGAGAAUGUCGGGGUGUGGUUCUCACUUCUUCUAUUCCUAAGAUCUUUUCUGCUGGCUUGGAUAUCAAUGAAAUGUAUGGGAAGACACCAGAGCAUACUGGGGAGUUCUGGAGAUCUGUCCAGGAAAUGUGGUUGAAGUUGUACGGUUCCAAUAUGGUGACAAUAGCUGCAAUCAAUGGGGCCAGCCCUGCUGGUGGAUGCCUCAUGGCAUUGGCAUGUGACUACCGAAUUAUGGCAGAUAAUCCAAAGUAUGCAAUAGGCCUAAAUGAAACCAAACUUGGAAUCGUUGCACCAUUCUGGUUCAAGGACACCAUGAUUAAUGUCAUUGGACGAAGGGCCACAGAGCAUUCGCUCCAGCUUGGCCUAAUGUACAGUACUUCAGAGGCCUUGAAAAUUGGACUUGUUGACCAACUGGUAGCACAAGAUAAAAUUAUGACAAAUGCUUUAAGUGUAAUGUCAGAAUGGUUGGCUAUUCCAGAUCAUGCUCGGCAAAUUACCAAAUCCAUGAUGAGAAAACCAACUAUUGAUCGACUUCUGACCAACAGGGAAUCGGAUAUUCAAAAUUUUGUUAAUUUCAUCAGUAAAGAUUCCAUUCAGAAGUCUCUCCAACUGUACUUGGAGAUGCUAAAACAAAGAAAAAGCUGAGUAAAUGUGCUCUUAAAAAGGAAUCCCAACAUAUUUGUUUACAUGUUCCCAACCUUGUCCUGGCAUCAAGAAAGACAUCGUACAGGGCAUCUAUUUCCUCUACUGCUGAUGGAGGUGAUGUGUGCUGUGGCAUGAUAAUGAAGUCAGGAAUGUCUGAAGAAAGAAAAAGGAUACAGAGGGGAAACAUAAAUAAAGUACAUGUAAGACAGAACAUUUAAUCAUCUUCACUUUGCAGUUGAAAGAAAAUAUCACCAUUUUCUUUGAAGUUUUGACAGGAAUCACAAUAAAGGAAAUAAUUAAUCAGAUUCCCUGUGUUUAAAAUAAACUUCUGAAUGUAUAAUUUGAAGUAACAUUUUGAAAAAUAAAAUAAUCUUUACCCCA